AUGGAUGUGGAGGACAGUCACCUGAAUUUGGUCAUUGAUAUGAUCAACACUAUUGUCAUCACAAGCUGUCAACCACUCAAGCAUUUGUCUCAACACUUUAAUCCCUCAGAAUUGGUCUACAGAUUGUGUCAAUUGAUAAUAAUUUACGAGAAGAAUAUUGGAAGUGAUUCGGCAAUCGAUAGUCUUCUGCAAACUGAUACAAAAUCUGCAAUAUUUAGUCAAACUAUGUGUUCAAUCGUCAAGUAUUGGCUUCUGGAGUACUAUAAGACUGAUUUUGUAAUCAUCAAUGGUUUGAAUGUAAACAAUGGAUGUGAAGAUCAAAUGAUUUUGACAACACUUAUGGUUUUGAGAGUCUUAUAUCGUAUGAGACAUUUGAUGGAUCAAAGGAUAAGACAGAUAUUAACCAACGGAUGGAAAGAUUUGCACGACUUUGACAAACAAUUGGAUGAUAUGUUUCAACAAAAUUCACUUAAAUUUACGACACUUUUGGUCAAACAAUCAAAUAAUUAUAUUUUAAGAGUUAAUUCUUAUGUCAAACAAAUUAAUGAAUUGAACCAAAAGAAUAAGGAUUUAAUGGAUCAGUUAAGGAUAGCUGAGGAAAAAAUUGCAAAUCAAAACUAUUUUAAUGGUCUGUCACUCAUGAGGAUUGCGACAACCUUUGCUAAUAAUAUCACUUAUAAUGAUAACUCUAUGACACAAAAACCUAAAAGAAAGACAUCACCGAAACGAACCAUAAAAUCUAAUAAUGAAUCCGCUAUCAGAAAAAAUACAGUUAUGACUGCCAGCACUCAUAAGACUAAUAAUGCUGUAAAUGGUAUUAUUUUUCGUAAUCUUAGAAAAAGUCAAUCACCAAACAAAACGGUUACACCAGUAGACCAAUCAUCAGUUCCUAUAACAAGAAGUUGUUCGGCAAAAAUACAGCGCAUUAUUAAUGGUAUGUCAUCCGUAAAAUCAGUCGAAACAACUUUCAGGGAAAUUCGGGCCAUUUUUAGCGAACCCGACGAUUCAGAAUUUGAAUAUUUUGAGGCCAAACAACAAACACAACAAAAUACUGAAAUGAUAACAAACUUUGUAACUUCAAAGAAAAGAACCCAUUCCUCAAAUCACAUGGAAAUUAGUUCACAAACAUUGAAGAACAAUGAAAAUAAAGUUUGCAGAACUUUAUGGCCGUCGAGAAAUCGGGAAUAUCCCCGCAAUAAACGCUAUCCAUGCAAAUGGAUGGGAUGUAACUAUUUGGCUGACAGACCAUCAACUCUUAUAAGACAUGAGCGCCGACACACUGGAGAGAAGCCAUUUGCUUGUGAUUGGCCCGGUUGUGAUAAACGCUACAAAAUGAGUUCAAAUUUAACGCCACAUAAAUUGACUCACAAAGGUAUUAGGCCUUAUAUCUGUGAUCGGCCCGCGUGUGGACUCGCUUUUACUUAUCCGCAACAUUUAAAGCGCCACCGAAUUGCACGACACGGCCUCUUAUCGUAAGUCCAUUACCGAUGUUUUAUACAAUUUAUACAGA